AUAUCGGUCUUUCCUUCUCAAAUGUUCGAAAUGGCCUCUUAUGCCUCUCUUUUGGAGUUUAUACACCAAAAGGGAGAGCAGUGGUCGUCAGGUAUACUGUGGCCCCAUAGAGUCAGAUAUGCGUUCGACAAGAACAACAAAUUGUUUUCAGGAACUGAUCUCGAUCAGUUCGAGAAAACGAUCGGUCCUGUCUUACCAACAUGUCGACAACUAGGGUUGCCCAUGGUUGAAGGCCGACUGGGUCAGUCGGUUGAGGGAGGAGGUAAGAGAAGAGUAUUCGCCAUAGGAAACUAUAUCAAUCAAAGACUACUCAAACCAGUCCAUGACUGGUUGAUGUCUGUGUUGAGAAUGUUGCCCAUGGAUGGCACGUUCAACCAGGAAGGUCCUCUUGAUAGAUUAGAGGGCGAACGCCAUGUGUUCUCAUAUGACUUGAAGAAUGCCACCGACAGGUGGCCUCUCCUCUUGUUAUUUGAGGUCAUGUCGGCGGCCUUUGAUCGGUCGUUCGCUUCAGCUGUAGUGAACUCGGCUCUUGCGAUGAACGCAUUUGUUGUGCCGUUUGUCAAAAGAAAGUUUUUUCACUUGUCAGCUUUAUUGCAGGACAACCCUUAGGGUACUAUGCCUCUUGGCCUCUCUUUGCACUAUCCCAUCAUAUAUUGGUGUGGUAUUGCGCCGAAC